AUGGUGAAGAGGAAGAAGGAUUUUCAGAAGAUGGAGAAGGUUCACGGUCAGCUGGUCAAUAUUCUCGAGGGGCUCGGGCUCCACGCCAGAGUUUUCAGCCCCCGCCAAGCAGAAACAGAUCGUGGAUUGCAUCUAUGCCUUCUAGAAGAAAGGGCGGAACGAACGAACGUAUUCGGAGCCGAGGAAAUGGAUGCGCGGUCAAGUUCGGAUAACAAUUCAAUUCGGUUGCUGCUACAAUUACGCAGUGCAACCAUUUCUGAUUUACAUGAUAAGCAUGGCAACCCACCAGGCAUAAUUUGCGACGAACAAGUCGAUCCCAUUCCCCCUUUGCUGAAUAUCUUUGGAUGUUUCGCCCAGAUCAAAUUCAAGCUUCAAAUUUUCUGUUUGAUGAUUGAAAAUAAGCUCUAA